CAUCCGUGCGUCCUGCUCUGCACCUGCCCCUCCGAGCGCGCAUCUUUCCCUGCAGACCUUCCCCAUAGGAGCGGCACUUUCACGGCCGUGCCCUACGUUUUGCACUGUGCCCGCAGACAAACAAGUCCGUCUGUAUUUACCUUUAAUAUAGACAAGGAUAAAAGCAGUGUAAGAAGGAGGAGGGGAUGCUAACCCAGUUUUACAGAUGGCAAACUGAGCCACAGGGAGAUGAAGGUGCCUGCCUUGGACCGCCUAGGGAAUUCACGCCAGAGCUGGAAAAGAAUGGUACAGCUCUCAGAUUUCAGCUCAAAGCAGUUUCCAUCCAUGAAACCCUAUUCCCUUUUGUGCUAAUGCAAGGUAUUGCUUGAUGCAGGGAUGUGUCAGGCAAUACAGUACACCUUUUGGGGUACCUACUCUGAACAUGGUGCUUGCAGUUACUUUGAAAUAUCCCCUGUUUCUACACAGUUCCUGGGCUUAACAGCCUCAGUGGAGUUGAGAAAUGCUCUGCUCUGGAAAUAUCAUUCAGUAAAAAGAGGAUCAUUGCUGCUUGUGGAGCUGCAGAGCAUCUGUGCCACAUAGUGGAGCAACUCUGAUUUUGUCAGGCAGAGGACAAGAGUAGUCAAUGCACCAUUAGCCACUGUGUUAUGAAUUCAAAGUUUUUCAGCAAUUUCUUGUUUAACUUCUACAGGUGCAGCUUACUAUGCUUUACUUUAAUAAGGAAGGAUAUGGCAUUCACCAAAGGACUUGCAGGAUGGCCCAGGACAAGGAUACAGAGGAACAGAAGGACACCAAAAAGGCCUGGGGAGUUCUUGGGAUAAAGCUGAAGAGCUGCAGUCCUAGGUGUGUGAAUCAACCUGUCCUCACUGAAUCAUCAGUUUAAUCUCGCUAACUUGACAACCGUUGGAUGCCAGCCUGUGUCAACACCAGACCAAGGUGCUCGUGAUCCACCAGAUCCUUCAGAUUUUUUUUUUAAAAGAAACUUUGGUGGGUAAAAGAUGUGCCAUGGAAUGGUAGCACCAAAGAGCAACACAGGAUCGUCUCUUGCCUUGACUAACCAUGGAUUGUUUCGUCUGCUAAUUAUCUUUGGUACCUUUAUCUUGGAAGCAGAGGCCACAGAUUUGCUUAGAAAACCCAAAGGACCUGCAUAUUGUCCCCAGCCACCACAACCUGAGAAUGGAGGCUAUAAAUGCCACCCUAGCCCCUGCAACAACCCUCUGACUUCAGGCAGUGUCAUAGAAUAUCUGUGCGUUGAAGGCUACAUGCUGAAAGGAGAUUAUAAAUAUUUGACCUGCAAGAAUGGAGAGUGGAACCCAGCCAUGGAAGUCAGCUGCAGGCUCAGCCCAGAAAAGGACUCUCCUCCGACAAUUGGAGUACCCACGCUAUCCAUAGUAGCCUCCACAGCGAGCUCUGUUGCCCUGAUUCUGCUCUUAGUUGUGCUGUUUGUUUUGCUACAGCCAAAGCUGAAGUCGUUCCAUCAUAGCAGGCGAGACCAAGGUGUGUCUGGAGAUCAGGUAUCUAUCAUGGUGGAUGGUGUCCAAGUGGCCUUGCCAUCCUAUGAAGAAGCAGUGUAUGGCAGCACAGGGAACUGCAUUCCACACUCGGACUCCCGGGUGCAGAUCGUGCUCUCGGAGGGAGCUGGACAGAAUGGACCCGGAGAGAUGCAGGAGCCGGACCAAGGGGCUCGCAAUAGCUUUGAAAGAGAAGAUGAAGCCCCUGGACGUUCUGGACUCUGUGAAGCCAGUAGCUCUCAGCGCUCUGAAACUGUUCUUGUGCAUCAGGCUGCUACCUCUUCCUGGGUAGCUGGCAUGGCUAGCAGUGGACCUGUACACAAAGAGGUCCAAGAUUCAGAAAGCAGUGACAUACAGAGCCUUUUAUCACUCACUUCCUCUGAGGAAUACACAGAUGAUAUUCCGUUAUUAAAGGAAGCAUGAGGUCUGCUGUGUUUGUCUAGCCUUCUCCAUCUUGGAUUUCUUCCUCCUCCCCUGCCUUUGGGACAGAAGCACUCUGUGCGGUCUUCCCUGUCCUCGCGAGCUGUACCCUGGAUACCUCCAAGAAGAGAUGCCCUCAGCUGAAGAUCCAAAGGAUGUCGCCAGGUUGCCUCCUGGAUGCACCAGUGGAGUUGGUGCAGUGCUGGCUUCCCCAUUCCAUCAGCAUCAGGGGCUCAAGGAACAGAGUGCAUUUGAGCUCUCUUCUCUUCUUCCCCAGCCAGAUGUUUGACAGCAGUCUCUGAAGAGCUGCUCUUCUCUUGUGCCUUUCUCCUUCUCACACCGGCUUGUUGCAGCUUAUCAGCCUUUCUAGCCCUUCUGCUGCCCAGAGAGCAGGGGCUAAACCCGCUUGCUCGCUGGGUGCAGACACAGUUUAAAUAUACAUAUAUAUGUUAUAUAGGCUCUUCUUCCAGCAUCCUCUUUGUGACAGGGGAGGACAAAAUGCCUCACUGGGAUUGAAGUGAGGCUUGGGAGGGAUCCCAGUUAAGGGGCAGGUUGUCAUGUCUAGAAGCACCUCAAAUGAGAUGGGCUGUGUGACAACUUAGCCGUGCAAUAACAGUUCACUGAGAAUUGCUAGAGCGCUGAAGGCUUAGAAGUCCAACAUGUAGGAAUACCCUCUGUCCCCAUCUCUGCAAAAGUCCAUUUCUGAAAAUUACUUUUGUCUCCUCCUUCCUUCUCUACAGGUGUAGCACACUGGGAGCAGUUCAUGUCUUUGAAAAUGUUAAGAGGAAAAAAAAUGCCUGUAGGUAGCAAAUACCUAGUGCCAUUGGUAUAAUCCCAAAUUCCCUUUGCAGCCACAGUAGGUACUUUGGUACUUGAGAUGGUAGUUGCCAUCUCAGAGGCUAGUGUGUCUUCCUAGCUUUGUACAGCAAGGGUCUGCUGUUUUAUCCUAGAGGGCUCCAGUGGGCCCAGGGAAGGGCUCCUUUCUUGUGGCUGGGGGUAAGCAGCAUUUGUGAAGUCUCUCCUAAAUAUAGUGCCAGCCAGCUGGUGUGAGGGAGGGUUGACUAUGUUAACAGUAGAGCUAGAGAACACCAUAGCUUAUUCCUGAACCUAAAUUUUAAGGAUUGUUUUCAAGUUCUGGUAGUAGGGAAAAGAAAAUUCAAAAAUAUGUAUACCUCUGCCACCCCAACCCCACCUUCCCUCGGUUAUAUGCAGCAGGUCAGAAUAUCCUGGUUGCUGUUAACAAGACUCUGUUUCUGCAUGAAGCCACAUUUGUCUGGGGUAUAUGGUCCAAUCACAAAAACAUCACGGUGGUUGUGAGGUUCUUCACUGGGGAGGUCUGAACACUGUUUCAUAGGAUUGGUUUCAGCAAGAAGAGAUGGCUUCUUAGAUGCAUGUACCUUGUCAUAAUUGUCUUGAAGUAACCAGGGAAGUGUUUGCCCUGUGACAAGCUGCUAAAUUUUUGAGUUGAAGGAGCAAAAUGUCAUGGCCUUACACAUCAUGUGGUAAUAUACAGGUAAAUAGGGAUGUUGUCUUUGCUGCUUUGAUUUUGGUUUACGAUCCUUACCAUCCUCAUCAUUGUUGCUACAGAAACAAACCAUUACAGCACUUGACAAAAGUGACACAACAUCUUUACCUAUGAAGUUACUGUGGCUUAGCUUCAGUUCCUGGAAAUAGGGAUUGGCCAUAGUAUCCAGCUAUGUAUCUGCUGUUCCUCUUCCCAAAUAGCUUCUAUAUCCCAGGAUACAUGGGACAAUAUGCGCUUUUGGAUGAAAGAAUCCUUUUUCCCUAUCCUUGUUAUAGAGGGAUGUUAAUUUAAAAAUACAGUGUUUUAAACUUCCUUCCCUAUGGCUCCUGUUACCUUGCAUUAAUACAAGGAUUUGAUAAAUCCCGUUUGGGUGAUUUAGGUAUUUUUUAUUCUGUUUGGAUGGUGAAAAUCCCAUGUCAUUUUACAGUGGGCUGAGCUUCAAGCACUGUAGGGGUCAAAUGUUGUUUACACAUCUGCUGUUGGAAUUUUAGAAAAUAAGCAUGGGAAUGAUUGUAUUUAGAUUUUUUAUUCCCAUGUUAGAAAUGGUCUAAUCUUGAGCAAAUUCUCAUUCAUUGGUUUAUCAGGGCAGAUGGAAGGAUCGAGCUAGAGUAGUGGUAAGGGAGUGUGGAGGAAAGACUAUGUGACUUCUUUCCUGCUGCCUAGCCAGCUCAGCGCAGGAGUUGCUGUUUAUGCAUUUAAGGUCCUGUCUCCUCAAACUCCUCAUCAAUUCAAGGUAUAGAAGUUGGGAAUGUGCUACCUUUCGGCAAGGGGCAGUGCUUUAACCCAGUGUUAGCACUAGGUUGGUGGGAGAAGGUGGAAGCUGAUCCCAAGGCCUGGCCUUGAUCUGGACAAGCACCUGCACCACCAGCAGAAAACACAUAAUGUGUGGUCCUGUGUCCUCUCUGCUGUUGUAAAGCAAAGCUCCCAGCUUGGGAGAGAAAAUUCAGUUUGGGUGGGGAAGAAAAGGAAGCAAGCUGCACAAAGAGGGAGUGCUUCAAUUUUGUUUCAUUCAUAAAAAUUGUUGGAAAUGGCUUUUCUAAGGAGCGGGGGAAAUGCGGAGGUGGAGGGAAAUAUGCAAGUGUAGCUCUUGUGAUCAGGCAUAAACAGGCAGCGUUCUGUUGGCUUGCUGAGGGUAAACCAGCAGCUCCCAGGCCAAUCUCUGCUGUGCUGCUUGGUAACACCAUCUGAUGAUUCCAGCUUCUGCAGAAGAGCUCUGUCCCCUGCACUGACACUUGCAGGAACAGGUCCCAUGGACCUGUGCAAGCCAGAACAUGGAAAACAGUUUGGGGGCAUCACAUUGCUGUUGCCCACAUCCUCAGCUUCAUAUGAAAUGAGGUACAAAACUGCAGAGGAACCUAAGAGAUGUCUGACAUGUUUUUCAAGGCCAUAGGAGAGCAAGGCCUCACUUUACUGAUUAUCAAGUGAUCAUUACUUAUUCAUGUUUGUUUAAUUCUGCAGAAGCUGAAGGAUUGGGAAGUCUUUUGGGCAGAGAUACAGGAUACAGGAAAACCUACAUUGCACAGUCUUGUCUUUACUUAUGGGAGCAAGCGCUGAAGCUUAAAGACCCCUCAGACGUGAACUCCACUCUCUCUCAGGAGUGUUCAUUAUCUCUGAGCAAAGAAUGUGUUCUCUUUGGAUUUUGCCAAAGGUAGAUGCAGCCUGGAUCUCAGUGUGGUGGAUGGGGAGCACAGGGGCUCAGCCUUGCAAGAUGUGACACAGUAAAUUAUUUUUCUUUUUUUCUUUUUUUUUUUCCCUGAUGGGGCCACAGUCUCUGCGCCCUUUGUUCCCCACCCACAUCUGACAAAACAUUUCAAAGGGAGGCAUUUUACUUACUUAACACUCCCAAUAUAAUCAUCUCAUGCUCUGUCAUACAUGCUGGAUCCUGUGAUAUUCAAGAACAUUGAAACGAUUUAAUUUUAUUGGGAAAAAUAAAAAUAGCACUUAUUUUAAAGGUUUCUGUUGUUUUUGGAGUCUGAUAGGUUGGGGGAAAAAGGGCAUUUCAGAAAUUCAGGAUAUUAUGUGCAAUAGAAAACCUUCUUGCUCCCUUUUAGUUGCAUAGUUUUUGGAAAAAUAAAUGCAACCUACCACAGUGCUUACAGCCCAAGUGUUGCAGAACUGGACCAGCCUGAGAGGGCCAGAAAGUGAAGCUGGCAGUGAUCUGUGGGGAAGUGGGACAGUCUCCUGUCAGGAUCUGCAUCGUGAAGCUUACCUGAAAGGAUGAGACAGCUAGAAUUGGCAGAGCCUCCUGUCACCUUGAAGAGUGCCAGCGGCACUGGUGAGAGAGAGGGGUGUUUGUGGUUUUGAAUAGCUUGCAUUCCCCACCAGUAACUGCAGAAGAGGUAAAAAUGAAGUCAGGAGGAGAGAUGUGCUGCAGCAUGUGAGCCUGUGGAGUUGUUGCCAAGUUAAAACUUCAGGAGUUAGAGAGGGAAAGAGCUUAAUGCAUUUUUAUCUUUAACCACCGGGGAAGGAGCUGUGUAGCAGAAUGCUUACUCAGCAAGCAGGCUGCUUUUCACCCCUUGGACAUCUCCCUGGCAGUUUCUUCUUGGCCUUUCAGCUCCGGUGUGGUGAAUAGUUUAAUGCAUCUGCAGCCUUUAUUUGGUCUUUCAGUGUGGGGAGAACUCAGGUGUGUUAGGAAGAACUGUUCCACAUAUUUUGGGAGGAAACAUCCUAAGGUGCUCCCAGAGGUUGGUGACUUGGGUCGAUACUGAGGAGUGGGGUUAAGAGAGCAACAGGCUCAGCCACUGGAAAUUAUCUGGCAUGGUUAAGUCAUUUGCAGCACAGAAAAGGGAAUGCAAGGAGGGGUCUAAGGAAGAGCUGUACUGAAAACAGAGGUAUGCUGCAGGCUAAUGAGCUAAUGCAAUCACAACCAGGUUCUAAGGAAGCUUGUGCUUAUGUUAGAUGAUUUAGCAUACACCAGCACGCUUGCUGUAUAAGAAAAAUUAAUGUUCAACUGUUUGGACACACUGAGAUGUCCUUGCUGACCUUUUUAGUAUGUAUUUGCAAAAUGUUUUACUGUUCUGAUAGCAGUUUAAAAAAAAAAACCUGCCUUAUUACUCUCUCCAGGUAACUAUUUAAAUAAAUUUCACUUUGUUUUUUUGUAUAUAAAGGCAAUAAAUCCCAUUCAUUUUGCACAUCCUGCCUCACCCCAUCCUCACCCUUCAGCCCUUACCAGGGAGCGGCAGAUUGAAUUUGCUCUUUGUGGAAACCUUUGUUUGCAGAAGGACUUCACUAGAAAACGUUUAUUCUCUAUGAUAUGCUAUGAAAGUGCAAAGAGGUUUCCUAGAGCAGGCUUCAUUUUAAGAUGUAUUUUUAUACAGAAAAUAAGCCUUUUUCCAGUCCUACCACACCAGGACAGAGCAAGCUACUUCCCACACUUCAGGGACCUGUGAUCAGCACUGCUUCCAAAUUCGACCCUCUGCAGAUGUUCAGAUCUAUGUACCCACCAGAACAUGUUCUACUGAUGCUCUGCAUAUGCUUUCCACAAGCUUUGCUUUUGCUUCUGUCCUCGAGUGAGCAAGGACAGAGGCAACUGAGUUGUGCUGGAAAAUGUUCAGAUUCUCAGAUUUGCUUUCUUCCAAAAAGAAAACAAAGUGAAGUUGUCUGUGCAGCAGAUGUCCUAUGAUGCGGUGGGUAGGUUGCUGGUAGUUGCUGAUGCAAGUGCAAGGGGAGCUUGAUUGCCUUUGUGCAUUAAUCCUUUCUUCUCUCCUGUAUGUUUUCUUUUUAUCUGAAUUGCACCACUAUGGAAUUAUUUGCAGAAUGGUACUCCAUAUAUAUGUGGAACUUUAAACCAUAAUUGAUGCUGUGCAGGAUGUCACUCAAUCGAUUUUAUUUUGCUUUAUUUUAUAUGUAUUUUCUGGUAUCCUGUACAUUGCAGUGGGUGUGAAGAUAGUAUUUUAAUAUUUGUACAAAGUUUAAUUUAAUUGUUCUAUGUAUAUAACUGCAUUUCUAAAUUAAAAAAAAUUCUUUUGAAGUGAAGCUAUAA